AUGGUGCGAGUACGAGUGCCGUUGGGUAGAAUAACAAUGUCAACAGUCAACACUCCAAAAGUAGUUCAGCCCAAGUGGCUUGCACCUAAACAGGUCCCCGCGGAGAAGCCCGUUUUGAAGCUGUACAACACACUGACGAGGUCGAAGGAUGUGUUUGUGCCCAUAUCUGGGGCCAAUGUAGUUACGUGGUACUCAUGUGGGCCAACUGUGUACGAUUCGUCACAUAUGGGCCAUGCGAGGAACUAUGUCUCCAUCGAUAUCAACAGGAGAAUUAUGUCUGAUUACUUUGGCUACGAUAUCAACUUUGUUCAAAACGUCACGGAUAUCGACGACAAGAUUAUUCUGAGGGCUAGGCACAACCAUUUGUUUGAAAAAUACGAGUCAUCCGUCGAGGAAGUCACUCCUGCUGUGAUCGAGAAAGUGAAGGCUGCUUUGGCGCAGUACGUGGAGAAGAACCUCCCUAGUAGCGGCGACGUUUCCACUAUUGCCCAAUUGGAGGCGUGGUUAAAGACAGUUGAUUUUGAGAAGAUGAAACAGGAGAACCCGAAAUUCUCAAUGCAUGUCACUGCCGUGCAAAACACCUUGACCGCGUUGGAGAGUAAACAGGCGGAAAAAUCCACUUUCUUCAGCCUGGUGAAGGACACUCUCGUCCCAUUGUUGGACAAAGAGACUGGAUCUGGUUUAAACAACCUUGAGAUUUUCCGGAAACUGCCCGCAUACUGGGAGAAACAGUUCAACAAGGACAUGGGCAAACUGAACGUCUUGCCGCCCACAGUUACCACUAGAGUUUCAGAGUACGUUCCAGAGAUUGUCACCUUUGUUCAAACAAUAAUUGACAACGGGUUUGCCUAUGCGACCGCAGAUGGCUCCGUUUACUUCGACACCUCGAAGUUUGAUGCAGACUCGAAGCACUCGUACGCCAAGUGUCAGCCGUGGAACAAGGGCCAACUGGAUCUGAUCAACGACGCUGAGGGGUCGCUGUCGAACUUUAACGCGAGUGGCAAGAAAUCUAACAACGAUUUUGCCCUAUGGAAGAACUCCAAGCCUGGUGAGCCGGAAUGGGAUUCUCCAUGGGGGAAGGGAAGACCAGGGUGGCACAUUGAAUGCUCUGUCAUGGCCAGUGACGUUUUGGGGGCGAAUAUUGAUAUCCAUUCCGGUGGUAUAGAUCUGGCGUUCCCUCACCACGACAACGAAUUGGCUCAAUCUGAGGCUAAAUUUGACAACGAGCAAUGGGUGAAUUACUUCCUGCACACAGGGCAUUUGCACAUUGAGGGACAAAAGAUGUCCAAAUCGCUCAAAAACUUUAUCACCAUUGAUGAGGCGUUGCAGAAAUUUUCCGCUCGUCAACUGAGACUAGCAUUUGCAUCUGUUCAAUGGAAUAACCAACUUGACUUCAAGGAGGCGCUGAUCAACGAGGUCAAAUCAUUGGAGACUUCCUUCAACAAUUUCUUUACAAAUGUCAGAGCGUUACAGAUGGACAACCAGCAUGCGAUGGAUCAAGACCAGUACAUAACCAAGAAACCACGCGACCAAGAGAAACAGUUGUUGUCCGAUUUGGCCGCAGCGCAAACCAAAGUACACGCUGCGUUCUGCGACAACCUGUCCACCCCACAGGUCGUCAAGUCAUUAGCGGAACUCGUCACGAUCACGAAUACUUACAUCUCUGCCGUCGGGUCUGAGUUACGCAUCGAACCUGUUGUGGCCGUUUGCAAAUACGUCACCAAAAUCCUGGGCAUCAUCGGGUUCCCCGUCCGUGCCGAUGGUCUUGGUUGGGCGGGCAGCGGUUCUGACUCCACGUCUGCAAACUCCUCCCUGGAGGACACGGUCAUGCCGUACGUGAAGGUGCUUUCCACGUUCAGGGACCAAGUUCGCGCCAUGGCUAUUGAAAAAGUGGACAGUGGAGAGUACUUGCGUGUGACUGAUUCGUUGCGUGACCACGAGCUUUUGAAGUUGAACAUUGCGCUGGAUGACAGAAACGGGCAGCACGCUCUGGUCAAGUUUCUGUCCGAUGAGGAGAGAAGUGAGAUGUUAAAGUUGUUGGAAGAGAGGGAGGCCCGCGAGGAGGCUAAGAGGUUAAAGAAGGCGGAGCAACAGAAACUGAACGAAUUGAAGGAACGGGAACGUAAGGAGAAAGCUUCGUUGCGCCCCUCUGAGAUGUUCAAGAACAGCGAACUGUACAGCGCUUGGGACGAGGAAGGUCUACCAACGAAGGAUAAAGAUGGCAACGAGAUCACGAAGAGUAUGGCCAAGAAGUUGAAGAAGCAAUGGGAGCAACAGCGGAAGUUACAUGAGGAGUAUUUCGGUACGAAGUAG